CUUGAGAACAGUAUGGGGAUGACAGAGUGUAAAGAAUGCAAUUAGGCUUCUGUAGAAGAUCAAUUACCAUAACCUUUUUAAUUAUCAAUAAGAGGAAGAUCUCAUUUAAUUUCUAUUACUUCUUACUAAGGAGAAGUUAAAACAGUAAUUCUACAUUAUGAUUUAAUUUAGUUAUCUAUGGAACCAAACUUAGAGAUUGCUUUUCCACUUACAUAAGAAGAAUUAGUUGAAUAUGAAGAAUAAUUGAAAACCCCAAUUAAGCAAAGAUUAUAAGAACUUGAACCUUUACAAAUCAGACCACUUAAAUCAGUAAACAAAAAAGUUUGUAUGAUAGUAUGAAUAUUCGGAAAGAGCAUAUAAAUUAAAAAAAACAUAAUCAAUAUAUUUAGGAUAAUGGAGCAAUGGCAUACCUCAAGGUUUUGGUAUUUUAAUAAAUCCGAUUGAAAAUUCAUAUUAUGAAGGAUCCAUUUUGGGAGGAAAACCUCAUGGAUUUGGAAGAAAAAUUUAUUCGCAAGGAAACUAUUAUUAAGGUAAACUUAUUGUAUCAUUUUAUAAGGCGAAUUUGAAUAUGGAAAAAUAUCUAAUCAAGGUUUGGUAGUAAUAAGAAAGGAAAAAGAUGAUACAAAAGAAUAAAAUUAAAUCGAUUAUUAACAAUCAAUAAGUCAAAACAUGAAAAUUGAUUCUAUAUAAACAGAAAGAUCAUAAGUAAUGAGUUCAAUAAAAAAAUGA